UAUUCUGUAUUCCGACGGAUUUCUAUUUCGUUCGAAAGUGAUAUUUCGAUCGUUUUCGAAUUUACCAUUCCCUAUUCCAAUCGUUUUGCUCGUUUCGAACGAAAGUGUUAGAAAAUUUCGAAUAUGCAUCGAUCUGUCAAAAACCGAUAAACAAAAAGAAACACCGUAUUAAAUAGCGGCGAGUGCGAGUUGAAUUUCAGUUAAUUUUUGAUCCUAAGAGAAAUUUGUGAGAAAAUUUUCUCGUUCAAUGGAUUCCGUUUUGUUACCGAUUUUGGCGGAGCAAGAAGAAAUUGGAAUGCCUUGCUACCAUCGGCGAAACCACCGAAAAUCAACCGACUUCAUGAAACUUUCUGAUGAAGCAUUCAUCAAAAGUUUUCGUCUAAGUAAGGAAGCUUUUCGGUACGUUUUAGAGGAAAUUGAGAACUGCCUUACCACAAGGAAAGGUGGUCUAUCCACGGAGGUGAAACUCGCAGCAUGUUUGCGAUUCUUUGCUGAAGGAAAUUAUCAACAUGGAGCAGGGCAAGAUUAUCACAUUGCCAUAGCACAGCCCACAUUUUCCAAGGUGCUGACUGAAAUGCUUAACAUUCUGGAGCGGACACUGUGUAAGAAAUGGAUUUCCCUAAAUAUGACGGAAGACGAACAGCGGCGUGCUAAACUACACUUCUAUCAGAAAACAUCAAUUCCGGGUGUUAUUAUGUGUUUGGAUGGAACCCACGUAAAAAUUAUUCCACCUAAGCUGAAUCGAAAUUUGUUUUUUAAUCGGAAGGGAUUUUAUAGUCUCAACGUUCUGAUUGUUUGUGACGAUCAGCAAAGGAUUCGUUUCGUUGAUCCUACCUUCCAGGGAUCUAAUCAUGACUCUCAUAUAUGGCGUGUAAGCCCUGCAAGAACUCACUUUGAGCAGCUUCACCAAAAUGGUGAAGUUAAUACUAAGAUUCUAGGUGAUGCUGGUUAUCCAUCGGAACCUUGGUUAGUAACGCCAUUCAGAGCAGCGGAGGAAGGGAGUUUGGAGAGCGAUUUUAAUCGCAGGCAUGCCUUGGGUCGUGCUAUCGUCGAGCGGACAAUCGGUUUACUAAAAAAUCGGUUUAGAUGCAUCCUUGGCGCGAGACAACUUCACUACAAUCCUACUAAAUGCGCUCAAAUUAUAAAUGUAUGCUGUGCACUUCACAAUAUAUGCUUAGAAUUUGGUCGUUCUCAGUAGUUAUAAUAUGUUAUGCAGCUGUUUACAUAAUAAACUUUUGUUUAAAUUAAUAUUUAUGACUGUUAAAUUUCAUCUAACUUGUUUGCAAAUGCUCAAAUAAAUAACAACCACCGGAAAAGGAAGUGUCUUCCUUACUUAACUAUGGUUUCGGCAGAAUUAUUUACUCUUAUUCCUGCCAACACUUUGAGAACAUGUCAUUAUCGAUUUCUCGUAAGCAGGCCAAGUAUUCAAAUAACCAUUAUUAAUACUUUUUGCGUUGUUUUAACCCCUUGCUGUACGAUUUAAUUUCCAACAGCACGGCCCAAAACGAGCACUUCGAGUCGUUCCGCUACUCUGCUGAGUGUGGGUAUCUAACAUGGGUGCCCUAUGAUGAGCAAAUACAUGUUGUGUUUAAAAUAAAAACGAAGGAGUUAUUACUACGUACUAACUCGUUCGUUUUUAUUUUAAUUAUAAUAUUCAAAUUAUAUUUUAUAUUUUUAGCUCAUUCAAUUUUUUUUUAAAUAACGGAAAUUUUAUAAUCUUCAGUUGUCGGUAUCCUCAUCAUAUGCCUGAAGCUAUGUAAUUAUUUCACAUCGAGAAACAACGAGUGAAGUUCAAUGUUGUACGUGAAGGGGUUAAGGAAGUUCCAUAAACUAUAGGCGAAAUUCGUGAAUUUUAAAAAAGUUUAUAUAAUUUUGAUGCUAUUCCAAACAAACUUCAAAGAAAAAAUUAAGUAAGAUUUUUCUUCCAUGGAAAGAUAUAAAAAUACGAUUAGAACUUUUUUUCAUUUUUUUAUACUUGAGUUACAAUAUAAAGAUAAAAAAUCAGAUCACUGAUAUUUUGAAACAUUAUUCUAAUGUUCUGAAAUAUACGCAAUCUGCGUUUCAAGGAUUUGUCGCUAUUGAUUUCUCCAGCGCGAUCUUCUCCAUCUCGUGGUUAUGUCGUUUUUGUUCACUCAGAUGUUCUUUGAGUGUGGCAUCCACGGAAAGAAUCGCUCGAGCUGAUUGGCGCUGAUAAUGAACCAGAUCACUCAAAUUCUUGUUUGUGUUUUUUAACAGGGAUUUCACAUUGGUGUGAAAUUUGUUUUGUUGCUCGACUUGCAGCUCUAAUAGCCUCGUGGUAGAAGGUCUGGAUUUUUUCGGCUGAGAGGGCUGGAAGUGAAUGGUAUUAUUGAUACCGUCACACUCGUCGGAAGUACCAUAAUAUAUAAAAUUUUCCUGGUCUGCAGCUUGAGGUUCACCCGAAGGCGAACCCAACUGUGUUCCAUGAGAUGAGGUACCCGGGAUUCCUUCCACGGUCGCAAGUAACCCAGUUAGUAGAACUGCCUGCUCCUCCAGCUCGGACAAAUUGAUAAUUUUAUUGGGUCCUCCACCUGUCGCCCUCUGCUCCCGUUUGUUGUGAGCGAGUUUUCGCUUUAAUCCGGACUUAUAGUCCGCCCAAACCUACACAGAAAACCAGGGCAAAAAUAAGACUAUAAACAUAUGUUUCGGAUUCGUUUUAGUAUAUACCUUUUUCCAUCCACUUCCAUCGCGAAUAGGCGGUCCCAAACUAUUGACUUCUGCCGCCAGAUCAUCCCAGUAGGGUCCGGAAUUUCCUCGGGAGAAACCCUUUGCUAUGUCCGGCUCUUGCUCCAGAAGCAGCACAAUCCGCUCGAACUGAUUUUUAGUGGUUGUUUUGUUUUUGUUUUUUUCCCUGUUGAACGUUAAAAUUAAUUUAAAGAAAAAAAUGAUUAAAAAUUAGCUUACAUUUUUGCAGUUCACCGCUCAUCCGCUGCGGAAAUUAUUCACUCCUUCAUAAACAAAGUGGGUUUGACGUUUGGUUUGAUUCGAAUGAAAGAUGUUCGAAAACAAAACAGUCCGAACGAAAGGUAUUCGAAUUUGAAAACACCUCGAACGAAACAGGGAAUGGAAUUUACCAAGUCGUUCGAAAUAUUUCGAA